GCUGCCACCAUCAGACAUGAAGCUCUUCUUGCUGCUGCUCUUCUGCUUUGUAGGACUGGCCCCGGCCGGUAGCAACCUGGUUCAGUUUGCUAAAAUGAUUAAACACGCGACCGGGAAAUCGGCAUCAUCCUAUAACGGUUAUGGCUGCUACUGUGGCUGGGGGGGAUCCAAACAGCCAGUGGAUGCCACCGACUGGUGCUGCCAUGCCCAUGACUGCUGCUACAGGAGGAUCUCGUCUGGUUUCUGCAGUCCCAAAGUGGUCAAAUACAACUACUCCACCUGGGGAAGCCAAAUAACCUGCGGAUCCGGGAGUGCGUGCCAAAGGCAGGCCUGCGAGUGCGACAGGCAGGCAGUAGAGUGUUUCCGAAGGACAGCCAGGAGCUACGACAACCGUUACAAGAAUUUCCCCAAUAUUUUGUGCAAGGGCCGAUCUCCUUCCUGCUGAGACACACCAGGCUCAAAACUUGACGGAAACGGUCAAAAUUGUGGGGUUUUUGCCUUCCCUGUGGGCAGGCAGGGCACAGCAUAGCCCUGCGGCACUCAACAAGGCACCGUUCCCCAGGGCACAGGGAAAACCCACUCCCCACAAUUAAAUUAACCAUAAAACUAAAGGAAUCCUUGCAAAUAAAAAUACAUU